GAAACGCAUUUCCAAUCUAUGCAUCCAUUUCUAGCAGCAGAAAUUUUCAGACUUGGGCGCACUUCGGCCGACCCACCAAACGCCGCAACUCGCUGAGGAAGAAGCUCCUUAAGGACCAGCAGGUGCGUCUAAAUGAGAAUCUCACUGACCCAAAAUCUGAUAGAUUUAGUGAUAUAGGCAGUUUAGAGGAGAACUCGAAUAAUAAUGGAAUGGAAGAAAAAGAAGUUGCUAAGGGAGUGUCUGAUCACAAUGGGAUUGAAAACGUUAUGGUAGAAAAAGAAAAAUCGAAACUUUUGGGCGAAUCUGUCUUGAUGGAUAAAUUGGAGAAUUGGGUAGAUCAGUACAAGAAGGAUGUUGAGAAUUGGGGCAUAGGGUCUUAUCCAAUAUUUACAGUUUAUCAGGAUUCUUCAGGGAAUGUUAAACGGGUGUCAGUUGAUGAAGGAGAAAUAUUAAGGAGAAGACAAGUUCGGCCAGAAGAAAUUGAGGACUUUCCAGAUGUAAAUUACAAAAUAUUGUCUGCCAAAAGAUUGGCUGAGGAGAUGGAGAAUGAUAAUAAUGUCAUACCAAAAAAUAGUUCUGUAGCUAAGUUUGUGGUUCAAGGCGAGGAGACUGGUUUCGUCAACACCAUCCAAGGUUUUGCCAGUCAACGGGACUUGCUCCCCAAGCUUUCACGAGUUGGUAGCAGAGUGUUGUGUGUUUUUGUUUUCAUGUGGGCACUGAAAGAACUAUUUACUUUCAAAAACAAGGAAACUCAAUACACAGAAAUGGAGAAAGAAAUGAUGAGGAGAAAAAUAAAGUCAAGACAGGAGAAACAGAUGUUGAAGGGCACUGUGGAGGUUUCAGAAGCUUCAGAGCCAUCAAUGUUACACAUUGAAAAGCCCAAGUUAGAUAAGGAAAAGCUCAAGAAUAACAUCAUGAAAGCCAAAGCCUCUGCUGAUAAAAUUGUAGUUGGGAAUUCAUCCUUUAAAACGACAGCCACAUCUGAUGAGAUGACCUCUAAAGUUCAAGAAAUCAGAGAUAUGGCUAGGAAGGCUCGGGAAAUUGAAGGAAAAAUUCAGUCCUUAGGUAGCACCAGUAGGGAGAUGGAUGACUUGCUCAAUGGGGAAACUUCUAAUGAGGUGGAUGCUGUCCAUAAGCUCACUGAAGAUGAUACUAGUUCAAGUAAGCAUCAAAAUGAUGUUGUGGGUAAAACAGUGGAUAUAGAUGCAACUCUGCAAACACCAUGCAUAGAUGUUACGGAAAAAUUGGAGAGUUCAUUUUUGCAUGACGUAGUUCUUGCAGAUAGAUUUAAGCUGGAAGCUUCAAAUGUAGCGGAUUCGAAUGAUAAAGAACCCAAUAAACAGGAAACAGAACUUUCUCAAAGUACCGUGCAGCCAAAGGAUGAGGAAGUCAGCCAGCUCCCAGAUACAACCAUUGAUGAUUCGUGUAUGACAAAAGAAAGUUUUACAAACGAUAAACCACUGGUCAUAAGAUCAGUGAGAGAAGCUCAGGCAUACCUUUCAAAGAAAGAUGACAAACAAGAGGUUAGAAGAGAGUCCAGAAUGCAAAUCAUUAAUGAUAAUAUGGAUGAUUUGAGAUCUCCAACUGAUAAUGAUUCUAGGAGUCAAGAGAGCCAACUGUUGGAGAUGAAUACUGGAGUGCCCAGAAAUAGUGCUGUAGUUGGGAUGUCAGAUUUAACGCCUUCCAUAAAUGCUGGUGAAGAUUCUAAUCAGAAGGAUAAGGAGUUUGAUAUAAUGAAAAAUGACUACAUCAAAGAUUCUGAGGUUGAACAUGAAGUGGGAGAUCCACAGGAUUCUGAGACCUCUUUAGACCGUGAAGUUAAUGGUGUCAAUACGGAGACAAAUCUAUCAGCAAGACAGAAAGUUUUGGAGAAGAACUUUGAUGAAGUUGAGCCCAUAAUUAAGAAAAUCAGAGCUGGAUUUAGAGAUAACUAUGUGGCCGCAAAAGAGAGGGUUGAUCAACCUUUAGAUAUAACUACUGAGAUGGAACCGCUUGAAGAUGGUGGAGAAUUUGAUUGGAUGCAAAAUGAGCAUCUUAGAGACAUUGUCUUUAAAGUCCGUGAUAAUGAACUGGCUGGGCGUGACCCUUAUUUGAUAAAUGAUAAAGAUAAAGAAGCAUUUUUCAGAGGUCUUGAAAAGGUGGAGAAAGAAAAUACAAAGCUUUCUUACCUCCACGAAUGGCUUCAUUCAAAUAUUGAAAAUCUUGAUUAUGGAGCAGAUGGCAUUAGUUUAUAUGAUCCACCAGAGAAAAUCAUACCACGCUGGAAGGGGCCACCAAUUGAGAAAAUUCCUGACUUCCUCAAUGACUUUCUCGAACAAAGAAAGAAAAGUUCCACCAGCAAGAUGAAGCCCGUGAAGAAUGAUGAUAAUGGCUUUGCUGAAAAUUCAGCUGCUGUAUCUUCUCAUGAAAACGUUAGAGACUACGUAGCAACCAGGGAUUUAAUGAAAGUUCACGAUAAGAAUCAGAUAAAUUCAAAGACUGUUGUUGAAGGGAGUGAUGGUUCUGUCAAAGCUGGCAAAAAAUCAGGGAAGGAAUAUUGGCAGCACACAAAGAAAUGGUCCCAAGGGUUUUUGGAAUCUUACAAUGCUGAGACAGAUCCAGAAGUUAAAUCAGCAAUGAAAGACAUUGGGAAGGACUUGGAUCGAUGGAUUACCGAAAAAGAAAUAGAUGAGGCUGCUGAAUUGAUGAACAGGAUACCUGAUAGGAACAGAAGUAUUUUAGAAAAGAAGCUCAACAAAGUUAAAAGAGAAAUGGAAUUGUUUGGACCACAAGCUGUGGUGAGCAAAUAUCGUGAAUAUGCAGACGAAAGAGAAGAAGAUUACCUAUGGUGGUUAGAUCUUCCUUAUGUACUGUGCAUCGAAUUGUAUACAGUUGAUGAUGGAGAACAGAGAGUAGGUUUUUAUUCUUUAGAGAUGGCUAAUGAUCUUGAAGUCGAACCUAAGCCACUUCAUGUGAUUGCUUUCCAAGAUGCUGGUGACUGUAAAAGUCUUUGUUACAUCAUUCAGGCUCAUAUGGAUAUGCUUGGAAAUGGCCAGGCCUUCGUUGUUGCGCAACCCCCAAAAGAUGCUUUCCGAGAAGCCAAAGCAAAUGGAUUUGGUGUUACUGUCAUCAAGAAAGGGGAACUUAAGCUCAAUAUAGAUCAACCUCUUGAAGAAGUGGAAGAACAAAUUACUGAAAUUGGCAGCAAAAUGUACCAUGAUAUGGUUAUGAAGGAGCAGUCUGUGGAUAUAAACUCAUUAAUGAAAGGCGUAUUUGGUUUCAAUGACCGCUCCAUUAAGAGGUUGAAGCGAAAGAUGAAGAAACCCAGCAAGUGAUAGCGACUCUUGACAUGGCUGAGAUUGACGUUGUCGCCAUUUGAAGACAAACCAGAGUUUUACAGGGGAAACAUUCACAAUUGAAGAAUGAAAUUUGAUAAACACAGCGAAGGACAAAACUUUGGUUCAAUUUUCACAUGUUUACUAUGAGGUUCUCCAAUAAAAACGUGACAAGUGGAUAUCUUAUAACAAUUUAGCACUAUAUAUGUUGAGUCUGUUAAACAAGUUUUUCCACGUGUCAUUAUUUUUUCUGAGAGAACCUAAUGCCUAAACACUCAAUCAAGUCCCAUGGAGAAUAGAGUUGCGUGGCCUGUUGGUCUUCCUCUGGAUUAUGUUAGACCCUGGCGGAGCUGCAAAACAGAGAUCAUCAGUUGCUCAAUGGCUGAGAAGAAGGAAGACAUGGUAUGAACCUUCAAGCUUUUUUGUAUUUGUUUGUAGUUGAGAAAAUUAUGGCUAAUUAGCUAUUGUAUAAGUCCUAUAUAGAUGUUGCUGUUGUUAUAGAUGGAGUUACUUUCUGUCUUUGUACAUAGGGAUUAUGCUUGUGUUAUGGUGGAUCCAAAGAUACUUGUGCUCAUAUACAAGAGGGAAAGUUAUUUGCAGCAAGUUGCUUCUUUCCAGGCCAAAAAA